GUAACGAGGAGGGAGGGGAAGUGUUGUAGGUCCCUGACAUGAAUGGACUAUGUUCGCUAAAGGAAUCGUAACUCUCCCGGUUUGCUCAAUUCUCCUGCUUCAUCUCCCGGUUUUCCCGCUAACGGACAGCUGGCCCGUUAAGGACAGAAGUGAAGUAAGGGUGGGGCAGCAUGACAGCCAUCUACGAUCACACGGAAGUCAAAAUGGGAAACAGACAGGCAAAAAGGAGGAGGUGUUUCAGUGGUGGGGGGAGUGGUCUACGUGGUCCUCCUGUUCCAGGAGCUGUGGAGGAGGAGUGAGGAGCCAGGAGAGACACUGUCUCAUGCAGAGGCUGUCCUCCACUCAAAAUGUUAACAGCUCCUGUUGUGUUGGCUCCCCUAAGAAGUACCAGCUCUGUUCAAAGCAGCCGUGUCCCAGCACCAGUGUUAGCUUCAAGCAGCACCAGUGUUCCCAGUUCAACUCUAAAGCCUUUGGAAGGAGAUACUAUCAGUGGAUACCCCUGUACCCAGCCGAUUACAUCAGCAUCUCCAAUAGACCAUGUGACCUGCAGUGUACCACCAUCAGUGGUGAGCGACAGCUGCUGGUUCCUGCCCACGAUGGCACCUCCUGUCGGGAUACUAAAAACCAUGGAGUGUGUAUCGAGGGGAUGUGUCAGCCUGUGGGGUGUGAUGGGGAGCUGUACAGCAGUAAGACUGUAGACAGAUGUGGUGUGUGCGGAGGAAACGGGACAUCGUGCCAGCGGAUCUCUGGAUCCUACAGGAAGGCACUCACACAGUUAGGUUAUGUGUUUAUCACCAACAUCCCAGCUGGAGCUUCAGACAUUCAGAUCAUAGAGAGGCACAAGACGGAGAACAUCCUGGCUCUGUCAGAUGAAGCGGGAUAUUUCUUCUUCAAUGGGAACACUGUGUUUGACAAUCCUCAGAAUUUCCACGUGGCAGGAACAGUGUUCAAGUACCGACGUCCAAGCGUCGUGUUGUCUGAUGGGUUGGAAUACAUCAUUGCCCAGGGACCCACUCUGCAGGGUCUUAAUGUUAUGUACUACAACUUGAAUGGGAAACUCCCCCACAUCACCUACGAGUAUACCAUCCCACUCAAGUCUCAAGCAGCUGCCGCGGCCUCACGCCACUCCAAUCUUAACCUCACCUAUAAUGACGUAAACGUGGAUGUCAGAGGGGAUCAGAGUAUCUCGAUGAACCACAGCAGAGGGUCAGCAUCUGUCCAUCACGACCUGCACGACCACCCAGAUGUCCAGCUGCAGGAAGAAGAGGAGGAGGAAGUGGUGUGGGAGAUCCAGACCGCCAGACCAGCACCAGUGGACAUUAUGGUCUACAGACCAGCUGACGUCAUCACUCGUGUGUUUAGUCACAAUGAUGUGGAGGAACAGGGACCUCCAGCACCAUCUGGCUACAAAAGCUCUUCCAACUCUUCCAACGAGCACUCGGCUGAAGAUGACAACACGCUAAUGCUCACCUUCCCAGGUGAUCAGAGGGUUCAUCCUGCAGCAGAAGAUGCUCCCCACCUGCUGCUGGAGGAGACAAACACUCACUCAGCCACACACACACCCACUGAGCAGCAGUCAGUUGCUGCUGCAGACACAGACACAAGCUCACAAAUGCACAGGGACGUUGUCACAGUCAUGGACUCUGUGGCCUCAGAAACAGUCAGUGGUCCUCACACCGCCAUCCUGGUAGAGCUGCAGCAGGUGUCAGAGGUCCAGGCAGCCGACACGGAGAGCAACAACUUUGAUGUGGAGCCACAUAUUAGUCUGGGAGACCUGUAUAGCUGGAAGGUGUCUGCUUAUGCUCCAUGCAGUUCCACCUGUACAACAGGUAUCACCAGCACAUAUGCCCUGUGCGUCCGGUAUGAUGGCACUGAAGUUGACGACCGUUAUUGUGACUCUCUGACCCGACCGGAGCCCACACAAGAGUUCUGCAUUGGAAAGCAAUGUCCUCCACGAUGGGAGACGAGUGGUUGGAGCGCGUGCUCUCGGACGUGUGGCGAGGGCGUGCAGUAUCGUAUCGUGCGUUGCUGGAAGAUGCUGUCUCCUGGGUUCGACUCCUCUGUCUACGAUUCGCUCUGUCUGUCACAUGAUCUCCACAAACCAGCCAAUAGGAAGGUGUGCCACGGCCAAAGCUGCGGACCCCAGUGGGAGGUGUCGGAGUGGUCGGAGUGCUCAGCACGCUGUGGCUCUCGGGGCAUCCGCACUCGAGAGGUUCGUUGCUCUAUGGAGAGGAAACUAUGUAACGAGACCUCUCGGCCAAUAGAGAGCCAGGAAUGUGAAGGCCCACCUUGUGACAGACGAUGGAGCGUUUCUGAUUGGGGACCUUGCUCAGGUGAGUGCGGGGAGGGCAGGAUGGUGCGUUCUGUGACCUGCCGUUCGUCAGGCGGACUUGUGAUGUCAGACGGGCAGUGUGACCAGCCGUUACGCCCGUUGGCUAUCUAUCCCUGCGGUGACAGAGACUGUGCUCCACACUGGGUUGAGCAGGAGUGGCAACAGUGUAACGCUACCUGUGGCCGCGGCGUGCAACAGCGUCAGGUGGUGUGUGCUGGCCUGGAAGGAGGAGUGUUCAAAGAGUUUCCAGACAGCAGCUGUAACCAAACCAACAAACCGCAGAUGAGCUCAUCCUGCUUCCAGAGACCCUGCUCCAAGUGGUUCACCACAUCCUGGUCUCAGUGCAGCAAGACCUGUGGGCGUGGCGUCCAGGUUCGAGAGGUCAAGUGUUACCAAGGGGAGGAGCUGGUAACGAGGGGUCACAGCUGCGACUCUGCCCUCAAGCCAGAAACCAAGCAGAGCUGUGAAAUCCAGAGCUGUCCGACAGAAGCACCAGCAUCACAAGGAGCAGACUUCUGCCAGGACAAAGCAACAGCCAACUGCGCCCUGGUUCUCAAGGUCAAGCUGUGUUCCCACUGGUACUACAGGAAAGCCUGCUGCCAGUCCUGUAAGGCACCCAGACCCUGAAGCCUUCGCUGUAACCUCUCACCUCAGCAUCAGCCACUGUUACCAAAGGUCACGCUUUUAUUGGUGCUACACAAAGCUCGCUGCUCGCCGCAGUACAUCAACAUAACCUGAUUACUUUUAUCCAAUCAUUGAUGUCAAAGGUCAACUUAUGGUCACUGUAUGAUUCUCUCCUUAUCAUUGUGGGAAGUAUACCAGUACGAGGUCUUCUCCCAGCAUCCUUUCUGAACUAUAUCACUGACUGUGGUACUAGUUUAGUCACAACCUCCAACUCAGACAAUGUGAAGAUAGACUAGCUUUAGGGGGCGGAGCUGGGUGAUGAGGAGGAAACAGUUCUUUCUGUGUUCAUCGCUCCAGAUAACAAAUGUGUCAUUUCUACGGUGCUAAAGAAGCUGUAUGUAAACACGUCAGAGCCUAAAGCAACGGUCGUCACUGUGGCAGCAGACUGAGACAGGCGGGGAAACUCGGCCCUGUCCUUAAUGUACACAAACGGGGAGUUUGGGCAGGUUGUCCUCCUGCUGCCAGCAUGGAACGCAGCUCCUCGUCCUCCCCGCACAGCACGGCUACCGUAAUGUCACCUGUCGUGUCCAUACCGCCGCUUACGUCUUCAAAUCGAACUGCAUUUGAACAAUAUUUUCAGCCCUUCAAAUGGAAACACAGCUGAUAUUCAAAGUGAACCUGGACACAGCACAGAAAAAAAACAGCUCAUUGUGUUUCCAUUUAAAUGAAAGAAUCCAAAGUAUUAACUGAGUUUAUCUAUACAGCAUCAAAUCAUAAAGUCGCCUCACAGUGCUUCACGUUGUAUAUAACAUUGUAACGUGCCUUUUAAUGGGAUUAAUGUGCCUUUGGAACUAUUGUCAAGCGACAUCUAACUGAAAACUGUGUUUUCACUGCAGCAUCUCUAAAGAUCGUUUCCUAGCUGGUAGUAAUGAGUUGCCGUUGCACAAAAUGAUUCUUUAGCUUGCAGCCGGGGUCGUCCUCUGUAAAUAAGAUGGCUCUGGGAAAGCUGGUACAAGUUUACUGGUAAGGAGUCAAGAAACAAUUGUGACUUCUGUGGGCUUUUCAACCUGCAGCAGCUGAAGGACAACACGCCAGCCGUGCAAACAGAGCAGCAGGAACACGCUGCUGCCAGUGAAAACUGCCCGGGCCAAACUCUCGUCUGCGUAGUACACUGUUUGUUUACCUGAUGUUACACUGCCUCAGAGCUGCUGCUGCUCUGACUGUUUGUACUGUAUCCCACUGAAAGAAUUAAAGGUGAGUGUUUGUGUGUUGACCCACUGCUUCUUUGUAGUCGGACUGACCCUUGCAUUUAGCGAUGCUGUUGGAUACCAAGGUGUAGUUGUGAAAUAGAAGG